UCAACCGACUACGGAAACGGAGUGAGAAGGAAGCGAGUCGGGCUGCUUGUUGCGAGGCCGGAUUGAAAGGAGAGACAGCUGUGAUUGCUAGCGACUCAUCUGUCUUUAAGCUGUCAAAAUGGCGUGGUUUCUUGCCUGCUUAUAAAGCUCUUGAGUGUCGUUUAGCAUUCCAGUGUCCGCAUGGUGCCGUCAAAUGAAGGCGUUUUUAUUACCACGCCGUUUACCACAUUAGAUCAUUUCUCGUCGAUUCGGACCAGCGCGAUGAGAGUGACUCUUCUCAUCCCGCUUCUCCUCUAUUUCUCUCCAACCUGUUGGUAUGAUCCCCUGCACAUGCAUUUGUAUGGAUGUAUAGUGUACUUGUUGGUGAUAUGGUGUAGGGUAGUUGAAACGAGCUUGCUCGAUCCGGCUGCGAUUUGUCCGUCUAUUCCUGGUCUGACGAGUAGACAAGUGCGUUAUUGUCAGAGUUAUCCGUGGAUUAUGAAUAGCAUUCAGAGAGCUUUGGAGUCGGCACGAGAGCAGUGCACAAACCAGUUUAGUAGGUACGGAGGGACCCGCUGGAACUGCUCGACGUCCAACUCAGAUUCCGUCUUCAAGCCGAUCUUGCGUGCUGCAACGAAGGAGGCUGCUUUCGCGUGGGCGAUCACUGCAGCUGGUGUCGUAGCCGGCGUCGCUAGAGACUGCAAGAUGAACUUGCUGAAGGAAUGCGGAUGCCGUCGGGGGGAUAAUCCAAAGUCGGUGAAGAAGACAACAGGCGAGCAGGAAGAUUGGGAAGGUUGCAGUGAUGACGUGAUGCUGGGAAAUAUUCAAGCAAAGAAGUACAUCCGAGCAUCAAUUAUACCCAAGGAGAACGUCGAUUUUCUAGCCAUUCAUAAUGCAGAAGUGGGGAGAAGGUUUGUGAGACGGAUGGUGUCGAAGGAGUGCAAGUGUCAUGGCGUGUCGGGCUCGUGUGCGUUGAGAACGUGUUGGACUGAAGUUCCCGACAUGAAGUCCGUCGGCGACGCUCUCCGGACGAAAUACGAAAAGGCGGAGAGAGUCAACGUCGUCGACGGUGCCGACCGGAAGCGGAAUAAAAAACUCGAAUUGACUUCGGAAGGGAACGCGACACCGAAACGGAACGAUCUGGUGUAUGAAGACACCUCUCCGCCUUACUGUAGUCAUAAUAGUCUACAUUUCUACUUGGGGACGGAGGGACGCUCGUGUAAUGUGACGUCUGCGUUGCCCGACGGUUGCCGCCAUCUUUGCUGCGGACGGGGAUACGACAAAGAGAAGUACAAGGAGGAGUACGCGUGCGAGUGCGAGUUCGAGUGGUGUUGUAGAGUUGUGUGUCAAACGUGCACGCGAGAGAUAGUAAAGUAUGUUUGUAAGUGAUAGAAUUCUUACUCAUAACGAGCUAAAGUUUAAUUAGUUAGGAAGCCCGGAUGUAGUUGGGCGGUGUAGUGACUGACACAUAAAAUGCUACAAAGUAGUUGCUACUCCGUUGAGACAUCAUACGCAAUACAGUAACGACGUAGGGUAUUGUUCUAUGAAUUUAUAGAUUUAAUUGU